CCCACGUGGUUGACCUUUCACCCCUUGUCCCCGUUACCGGCUUGCCGACCUGAACAAGCCGGUGUUUGAAAUAUUUUGAGCGAGUUUACGCUCUCAAAUCAGCCAUUCCAGAAGUUUUUCUGUCGCUACAAUCUCCGAUCACUUCGCUGUCCAGUACGUAUUAGUGGGACUACCAUCUGAAAAAGGCCAUAUUUGUCAGAAACACCGGGAAGGUGUAGAUUUCUGGUGACAAACUUCGCAGGAAAGGCUACCAUGGUUGCUAGGCGUGGUCGUACAUGGAGACGGCGGCGGCGGCGGAAAGACGAAACCAGACCCGUGUCUCUUGCACACGAAGAAAGUUUCGUUCGCUUCUUCCGAUGGCUGCACAGAAAUGGGUGCAGAAAUCUGCCCCUCAAACCCGCCGUCUUUCCAGAAACUGGUCGGGGACUGAUGGCGACUAAGGCUUUAAAGCAUGAAGAACUGAUUCUGGCGAUCCCUAAGAGACUACUUAUCACUAUAGACGCCAUUAUGGAUUCCUACUUCGCUCCGUAUAUUGAACGUGCGGAUCCUCAGCUAACCCCCACACAGGCCCUCGCAGUUUUCCUUAUGUGUGAAAAAUACAGGCGAGAAGAAUCCUUCUGGAGCCCGUACAUCGACAUCCUGCCCGAGGAGUACACGUGUCCGGCGUUCUUCACCGAAGACGACUUCCGACUUUUGCCGAACUCCCUCCGAGGAAGGGCGAAGGCGAAGAAGUACGAAUGUCACAAGGAGUACAAGGAGCUGGCGCCGUUCUUCAAGAUGCUCGCAGAUCUGUUUCCUGAUCAAGAAGAUGCUUUCAAUUUCAAAGACUUCAAGUGGGCGUGGUCAGCGAUCAAGACGCGUGCGUUUGACGUGCCCCUUGGAGGUGAAACUUGCUGCCAUCUCCGGGACUCGGGGGACACCCCUACCCCCACCAUGUUCCCUUUGGUCGACUCCAUCAACCACGCAGCGCAAGCAAAGAUCAGACACCGGUACAACGAGAAACGGCGCUGCCUGGAGAGCCGUACGGAGACGGUGUACAGGAGGCACGCCGAGGUCAUGAACAGUUACGGGCGCGCAGACAACGACAAUCUCCUGCUCGAGUUCGGCUUCAUCGUCCCUGGCAACCCCGCGGACACCGUGACGUUUCAUCUGGUUCAGGACGUUCUGGAGUAUCUACAGCCUGAGAACAACGAGCUGUUGGAGAGGAAGAUCAUGUUUUUGGCGCGAAACAACCUCAUCAGCGACCUGACCUGUGGUGUUACUGGUGUGUCCCCACAACUGCUGAUAGUGCUGAUGGUGUUUCUGUGCAAGCAAGAUGACGAAGACAUGUGGGAGGACCUAAGAACGGGCCAUUUUGAAGAGGACGGACCUUUGGAUGUGCGUGCGCGGAAAGUAGCCGGUCGGCUGCUGUCUCUACGGCUUCGGACAUAUGCCACUUCCAUAGAGGAAGACGAAGAGAGGUUAAAGGAAGUGACGUCACCCUGCGGACGCCUCGCGGUGUAUUGUGGGAUGGAGAGGAAGAGGCUGUUGGAAAAUGGCUUGAAAAUGCUGCAGCACAGCUCCAAGGUCGCCAUUGCCAAGGGCGUCCUCAGGAAACUGUUCUCCGGGCGAUAGGCCAUUAAUGUUAUAGACAAUCUUCUUCUUCUUCUUCUUUUGUGUCAUCACUACACUUUCCUGCUUCAAUAAAUAGAGGGCUUCAGUUGAGGGUCAGAUCUUCCAGAUCUUCUUUGGUGCAUGGUUUGGACAGGAGGCCGGGGGAGACAAGAAGGUGUUUCAUAGUCUGCUCCUGUCCGCAAUCACAGGCAGUCUGUCCAUCUGGGCUGAGACCCCACUUUGCCAUGAGGGUCUUGCAUAUUCUGCCUGUUCUGAGGCAGUUGAGACAUGACCAGGUUACAGACAAUGAACCUAUGAGACAACGGGUGUCGGACGCUUAGGCCCUUUACCAACUCGGCCCUAGCAAAUCGUUCUGGUCAACUCGGCCCUGCACCCUGGUCAACUCGGCCCUGCACCUUGGUCAACUCGGCCCUGCACCCUGGUCAACUCGGCCCUGCACCCUGGUCAACUCGGCCCUGCACCCUGGUCAACUCGGCUCUGCACCCUGGUCAACUCGGCCCUGCACCCUGGUCAACUCGGCUCUGCACCCUGGUCAACUCGGCC